UUUCUGUUCCUGGGCAUUUGCCUAGUGCUGUUCAGAUGGUCUUGUUACAAGAUCAAAGGCAGAUUCCUGUGUUGAGGAUUAAGAGAAGUGUUGUGCUUGAUGAUACAGGGUAAUUCCUCCAAGUCCAUGGCAGUGUCUGCUGUUUCUAUGAGCUACGAUGUUGUGAAGGAAGCUUCCCUUCUUACGUCUCUGUUUCUGUGCAGCUCAAUGUUGUUACAAGAUCAAUGCUGGUUUGUUCGAUGCAGGGAAGAUGAUGAGAAUCUGCGAAAGCUGCCAGUUCUAAGAAUCUAA